AUGAAGACUCAAGAAGAAAAUGUUCAGUCCUCCUUGCUUGAUUCCCUUUUCAGUGAAGAAGAAAAAUGGGGAGAAUUUGAAGAAGGGAGUGAAAAUUUCAACUUUAAUGGUGGAAAUCUGUUAAAUUUUCCUAAUCUGUUAACAGAACAAGAUUUGUUUUGGGAAGAUGAAGAUCUGAAAUCUCUUUUCUGCAAAGAAAAUGACAUAUUUGUCGAUGGAACAUGCUCCUCUUUCUCUGCAGGCACGCAUAGAUGCAGUGGAAUGGAUCUUGAAAGUCAAACUUUUUUUAUGGCCUAUUCUGCCCCGAAGCAUGUGAUCACAACAGAAAAGGCUGUAGAAACAGUAUGUGCAGGUACAAACUACAAAGAAACAUGUAAGGAUAACCUUUUGAAGACCGUUAAGGGUAGUGCAGCCACUCAACUAAAAGAAAUCCUCAAGGCCUUAAUAGACGUUGUUUCCGAGGGGGUUGAUGAAAUUAUUAUUGAUCGUGCCAAGACUAAAAAAAUUGAUAAGUCCCUGGAAAAGGAUGCAUUUGAUGAUUGUUUGGAACUUCUGAAAGAUGCCAAAGAAGAAUUAAAUUGUUCCAUUUUGACUAUUAAGGACACUGAUUUGGGCAAGAUUUCCUUGAGAAGGUCUGAUAUUAACAAUUGGUUGAGUGCAGUAACGUCUUCCCAAUGGAUAGGAGAAGGUUGCAACGUAGAAAGUGUUGAAAACUGCUAA